GAAGUGACAGUCAACUUUUAAUGCGGAAGAGAAACAAGUCUCUGAGGAUACCCCCCCGUUUAAACUUGUUACAAAAUGAAGCACAAGCAGUAGGUCACCUCGAGAGGCGAGCGACAGUUUGGUCACGGUUUCAUUUUUGAAGACGACAGGCAACAGCCGGACCGACGUCACGCGAGCUAAUGGCAGGUAGCAACUUACAGAAAGCUAUCGAUCUGGCCAACAAAGCUGCACAGGAGGACAAAGCCAAAAACUACGAAGAGGCCCUCAAAUGUUAUGAGCAUGCAGUGCAGUACUUCCUCCACGUUGUCAAGUAUGAGGCUCAGGGUAUUCGAGCGAAGCAGAGCAUCAGGGACAAGUGCAACGACUACCUGGACCGAGCCGAGCAGCUGAAGAAAUAUCUGCAGGACAAGGAGAAGAGUCCUCCGGCCAAACCCGUCAAAGAGAGCCAGUCGGAUGACAAAGGGAGUGAAAGCGAUGAAGGGGAAGACCAGGAGAAGAAGAAGUUCCAAAAUCAACUCUCAGGUGCCAUUGUCAUGGAAAAGCCAAACAUCAAGUGGGACGAUGUCGCUGGACUUGAAGGGGCCAAAGAAGCCUUGAAGGAAGCUGUCAUCCUGCCCAUCAAAUUCCCUCAUCUGUUCACCGGAAAGCGAACUCCUUGGCGAGGGAUCCUUCUCUUUGGCCCCCCGGGAACGGGGAAAUCCUACCUGGCCAAGGCGGUAGCCACAGAAGCCAACAACUCCACCUUCUUCUCGAUCUCCUCAUCCGAUCUUGUGUCCAAGUGGUUGGGGGAGAGUGAAAAGCUGGUGAAGAACCUGUUCUGUUUAGCUCGAGAGCACAAACCGUCCAUUAUUUUCAUCGACGAGAUCGACUCACUCUGUGGCUCUAGGAGCGAGAACGAGAGCGAGGCAGCGCGCAGAAUCAAGACGGAGUUCCUUGUUCAGAUGCAGGGGGUUGGAGUUGAUAAUGAUGGAAUUCUGGUCCUGGGAGCCACGAAUAUACCAUGGACAUUGGACUCUGCUAUCAGGAGAAGGUUUGAAAAGCGAAUCUACAUUCCUCUGCCCGAGGAGCACGCCCGCUCGUUCAUGUUCAAGCUGCAUCUGGGAACCACGCCCAACAGCCUGACGGAGGCAGACUUCAUCACUCUGGGCCAGAAAACUGAGGGCUACUCUGGGGCUGACAUCAGCGUUAUUGUCAGGGACGCCCUCAUGCAGCCUGUCAGGAAGGUCCAGUCGGCCACUCACUUCAAGAAGGUUCGGGGGUCGUCUUGGAAAAACCCGGGUGUCGUGGUGGAAGACCUCCUGACUCCAUGCUCGCCGGGAGAUCCCAACGCCAUAGAGAUGACGUGGAUGGACGUCCUCGGGGAGAAACUUCUGGAGCCAGUCGUCUGCAUGGCCGACAUGUUGAGGUCACUUGCAAACACCAAGCCGACUGUGAAUGAGCAGGACUUGGGGAAGCUGCAGAAGUUUACUGAAGAUUUUGGUCAAGAGGGCUAGCACUGUCAACGCUCCACUCAUUAAAUUAGUGGAUUGAUUGAUUGAUUGAUGUGUUUGGUGUGUUGCUGGUUUCUGGAGCCUUAAGUUCUUAGUUUCCUUCUCUGGUCAAAAAUACCCCCAAAGUAUAUGUUACAGUGACAUGUGGAAAAAAACAGAAUCCUCAAAAAUCAGUGAUCAAAAUCUUUUUUGUCAAUCUACUAAUCAAUGAAUCAACUGUUUCAGCACUAUUUAUCGCUAAUAUAUCAAUCCACUGUUUACAUCUACACAUUUGUAUGGUUUCAUACAUCUGUUACUCGGUUUUAUUUUAUUUUGCAUACCUAAAAAUAAAGAGAUAAUGUCUUUAUUUUUUUAAGGAAAUUCUGUCUCUAUAUGUACUUAGAUAUGUGCAGUUAAUGGUUAUGUUACGGUCACUGUGGGUAAAUGCACCUUUCCAACUCUACAUACCUCUUAGUCUUGUCUAAGGAGAAUCGUUCUAUUAUUAUGCUAUUAGUCUCGGGGGCUGGAUGUUAGUGAAUGGCAACUCGUACUGAAACGUUUUUGAAGCCCACUCUCUUUCAAACAUUGAAGUUAUCUUUUUCUGGUAAUUUCUGUUUCAAAGUUAAAGGGUGUAAUUGUACACAUUACGUAGAAGUGCAAGGCUAUUUAAAAAGCAUCAUCAAUGAAAAACGAACUACGUAUAAAGUUUUCAAUACCAGCUUCAAAAAAGUUUUGAGUUAAUGAAUUUUUAAAAAAUUGCAGCAUAACAAUCAGCACAUAUUUCUACACUUUCACAGGUUCUUCUUUCAACUUUCCAACUAAUAAUCAGCUGUAUUCUGAACUAUUCAUAGAUGCUGCCUUUGUGCCCAGGGUUUUUUCCCUAAUUUGCCUUUAUUUAAGUUUCUCUUUGUGUUUAUAGAGGUGACUUAUUGGUUACAUGAAUAAAGCUUGCGGUGGUCUUUUGCA